UGCUUGGGCCUCCUUAAACUCUGUCAUGACCCCCCCAACUGUGCCUCCUCAGAUUGGCAUAGAUGGUGUGUCAGCAUACCUGAUGAAAAAAAGGCACACUCACAGGAAGCAACGGCGUAAACCCAGUUUCUUUACUCUUAGGAAUAUUGUGGGCUGUCGCAUUCAACACGGUUGGAAGGAAGGCAAUGAGCCAGUAGAGCAAUGGAAAGGCACCGUACUUGAGCAGGUCACUGUGAAGCCCACGCUAUAUAUCAUCAAGUAUGAUGGCAAAGAUAGUGUGUAUGGACUAGAACUGCAACAAGAUAAGAGAGUUUUAGCACUAGAAAUCCUUCCAGAAAGAGUGCCAACUCCUCGUAUUGAUUCCAAUCUGGCAGAUUCUCUGAUUGGCAAAGCAGUGGGACAUGUGUUUGAGGGGGAGCAUGGCACAAAAGAUGAAUGGAAAGGCAUGAUCCUGGCAAGAGCCCCUGUAAUGAACUCUUGGUUUUACAUCACCUAUGAAAAAGAUCCUAUCCUUUAUAUGUACACACUUUUGGAUGACUAUGAAGAUGGUGAUCUGCGUAUCAUUCCAGAAUCCAACUAUUAUUUUCCUUCACAACGAGAGCCUGGAGAGGUGGUGGACAGUCUAGUUGGCAAACAGGUAGAGCACACCAAAGACGAUGGUUCAAAGAGAACUGGAAUUUUCAUUCAUCAAGUGGUGGCUAAGCCAUCAGUCUAUUUCAUUAAGUUUGACGAUGAUAUUCACAUUUAUGUCUAUGGUUUAGUGAAAAGUCCCUAAAUGCAUUGUGCUCAUUACAAAAGUAGUGCAAUUAUUUAAUGUAUGAUGUGUUGUGCUUUCAUGAUUACUAAUUUUUGAGAACAGCUCGGGUGUCAGAUUCAUGAAUUUCCAUUACUGAUCACUCACUUAAGCUAGUUCCAUAGCUUUGUUCCAAGUGUUUUUUGUUUGUGUGUUUGUUUGUUUUUACUGUUGAUGUUUCUUUCUUCUAUAACUGCAAUUUAAGUUGGGUCUUAACAGAAACUUGAGAUUGUUCCUGAUCGCUGAACAAGUAAAUAUCAAGACAACUUAAUGCAAUACCCACAUCACAUCUUUAUUUUCCUGCUUCCUAUUUUAUUUUCUCCAGGUAAUAAGUGUUAAUAGCACAAAGCGUGAUCUUCCAUAGUUCCCCAUCUUCUUAUAGAAAGCUAGCUGUAUUUGUUUCUGUAAAAAAAAAAAAAAGAUAAAUCAUAUCAUUGUAACUGUUUUUCUCAUUUGGCAUAUUUAUGACAUCCAUUUUCUACAUAUACCUCUUUCUCUCCCCAAUCAUCUCCCUCAGGAGAUAUUUUUACAUUAUUUAAGAUACAACUACACAUUUUCUGAGAACUUGAUAACUAAUUGUGCCAUAAUAUUUAUUAAAGAAACCAACUAUUUACCCUCUAUCUCCCUGUAACAUGUACUUACACAAUACAAGUUUAUGUACCAAAAAAGUUAUUUAACUACUUUGUUAUUUCAUUUCCCCCCACAAAGUUACUGCUUUAAUAUAUAUUGAUGUUUUCCUUUCCAGAGUAGAGAGUCAGAAAUUGGAUUGCUGGUAAAUACACAUUAAAAUUUUAAGAGAUACUACAAGAUUAUUAUUCAACUAAAGGUGCUGGAUUUUCAUCAUUUCCAGCACUCUUUAAUAUCUGAAACUGAAGGAUGAAAUGCUUUGCAGUAUUGUUUUUAUAACUCAUCAAUUCAGUGAGAGAUUUUUCUGUUUGUUUUUACUGUUUGGUAUUUUCUAUUUGUGGUCCUCCAGUUCUUAUUUUUUAUGCACUUGCCUAUUAAUUCACUGGUAAUUUCCUUGUAAACUUGUAAGAAUCCUUACUAUACUUACUAUAUGUUGUAUAUUAAUAAUUUGUAGCCCAAAUAUAAUAGGAUUCUUUCACCAUUUUGUUAUAUUCAAGGCAUCUUUAGCAGUCUAUUUUUUAUUUAACUUAUUUUUUGCUGUUUGUAUUCUAGACACACUUCUAUCAUCAUUUCCGCUUUUUUGUUUUCUGCCACUUUCAAAUAAGUAUUUCCACUCUAAGUCAUAUACAUAUUUUCCUAAUUAUUUCUCUAAUAAUUUUAUUGACUUUAAUAUUUUAUUGAGAUAUAUGGAAUUUAAUUUUGCAUAUCAAAUAAGAUAGAGAGCCAACUAGACAUUUUGUUCAUAUUUGGACUAUUAAUCAAUAGUCCAAUGCUAGCUGAAUAAGACUCUGGCAAAGCAAAUACUUUCUCAUUCAGCAUUCUUUCUUUCGUAGACAUUCAUACUUUACACUUUUUAAACAAAAACAGAAAAUAUUCUUUAUACAUUAAAAAUGAUAUGGGCCAUGAAGAGAUAGUAAAUCCUAACACUCAAAAGUUUUCACAUGUUAGAAAAUAUGUCACUUCUUUUGUAAUGUUUUCAUGUAUAGGUCCAUCAUCAAGAAAAUAUGUCACUUUUCUUUUGAAAUGUUUUCAUGUAUAGGUCCAUCAUACUUGGAAAAAUUUAUUUCUAACUAUUUUACAGUUUUGUCACACUUUAACCAUUAUACUUUUUAAUGUAUUAUGUUAGAUAAUAUAGAAAAUGCAGAUUAACAUCUGUCUUCUAAUUAAUCAUCUUACUAAAUCUUUAGGUUUAAAAAAAUUGAGCUUUUAAAACCAGAAUAGUCUGGACCUUUACAAUAUGCAGUUCAUUUACCUUGAAAUUAUAGGCAGUUUUAUCUCUUAUAAUGUUUAUACUGACUUUAGUACAUUGUCUAUAUUAUCCAAAAUAAUGAGUAUGAUAGACAUGCCCAUCUGAUUUUUUUCAUAGAAACUUAUUUUGCAUUCCCUCUUAGCAUGAUAUUUACACUUACUGGUAAAUGACUAUUAACAUAUUAAGCAUUUUCUUCUAUUCCUAUUUUACAUAGUGCUACUACUAUAAGUGGAUUCUGCAUCCUGAGCUUUUAUCAAAUAUCUUUUCAACUUCUAUUUAUAAAACCAUACAAUUGUUUAACCAUUUAUUUUUGAUGUAGUGGAUUAGAGUGGAAGGUAUUUAUGCUGAAGCAACAUUGUGUUUCUAAGUAAAUACUACUAGAUGAUGUAUAAUAUUUAUUCAAUUGACUGUUGUAUUUUAAUUACCAGUAUUUUAUUUAGAGUCGUUGACUUUAUAUUCAAAUGAUUAAUUUUUCUUUGAUAUGUUUUUAUCAAAUAUAGCUACUAAAAUUUAGUUAUUUUCAAUCUAUCUGGUGAUUUAGAAUAGUUUAAAUAAUCCUCAAAUAAUCUUUUAAAAUCUAAAUUAGCUAGUAUAAAUUGGUAAAAAUAGUCUAAUGCUGGUAGAUAUAUAAUCAUACAUCUUUUCAAUGGCCAUUGAUUUAUUCAAACCUUAUGUUAAAAUUAAUGUGUAUUCUUCAUAA